CGUUGCCGCGUCAGGAACUACCAGGCUGCUGCCAUGAGGAGAGAGACGGACGAUAACUUGUUUGACUACAGUGGAGCCGCGAAACAUGGCCCCCCUCCUAAACCGACCCGGCGGCAGGGUGGCUGGGCAGAGGAAAGCUCUGGGUCUGGCUCUGCCAAAUCAAGAAGACCAGCAGCCGAGGAUCUGGAGGACCGUCGUCUGCGACCACAAACUCCCCAGGGAUCAGAUGAUGAAGGAGAUAUUCCGGUGAUCCCAGACCUUGACGAAGUGCAGGAAGAAGAUCUUACAAUGCAAGUUGCGAUGCCUCCAAGCAUCCGGGUGAACCGGGUAAUGACCUACAGAGAUCUGGACAAUGAUCUGAAGCAUCAUUCUGCUUUCCAAACCUUAGAUGGAGAGAUCGACUUGAAGCUCCUCACCAAGGUUUUGGCGCCGGAGCAGGAGGUGAAAGAGGAGGAUGUGGGCUGGGACUGGGAUCAUCUGUUUACAGAGGUGUCCUCAGAGCUACAGAUGGAAUGGGAUCAAGGAGAGAACGAGGAGACGGGGCAGAAAGGAUAGUGACUCUGGUUAAUUUGUUUCUGUUUUUGUAAAGAAUGUAUUCUUAUAAAUAUAUGUACAGUUUUUUUUGUAUCUUAAAAAGUUCUCUGUUCAGGAAUCAGUGCAAAGACUAUAUUCCUUUUUUUACAUUUACUCUCUUGACAUUUCUCUUGUUCAUGUGUCCUAGAUUCAACUUAAACAGCCAAAAGGCAUUAUCUGAAAAAUCCCUCUGAAAAGAGCCGUUUCAGAUAAAAAUGUCCUCUCUGUACUGGCAGCAUUAUCAACACACACAUACAAGUCCAAGGUUGAUAAUCAGCUAAGCUGAAAUCCAGUUGAUUGUGUUCAAAUUAACAUUCCUCAUUAAAGCC